AUCCUUUGUCCUUCCUCCCAUUGCGAGUGCUGUUUUAAAUAGCGGGAGAGUGAGCUCAGGUGGCGACAUCGCUUCAAGGACACCUGUUGAGAACAUCUACUUCUCAGCGCAGCAUUAGCUUCUGGAACAGCUUGUUCAAAGAGAACCACAGAAAUCUUCCAAGUCACAAAAGUACAGGAAUGGACAAUAUCAGCAGACUGAUGUUCGCAGUUGUCAUGGCAAUGGCGUACAUGGCGAUGGGAGCCGAGGCACAGAACACCACAAUGGCUCCGAACUCCAAUGCUACUAUGGCCAACAUAACAAUGGCACCCAACGUAACAAUGGCACCCAACGUAACAAUGGCACCCAACGUAACAAUGACAUCCAACAUAACAAUGGCACCCAACAUAACAAUGGCACCCAACGUAACAAUGGCACCCAACGUAACAAUGGCACCCAACGUAACAAUGGCACCCAACGUAACAAUGGCACCCAACGUAACAAUGACAUCCAACAUAACAAUGGCACCCAACGUAACAAUGGCACCCAACGUAACAAUGGCACCCAACGUAACAAUGGCACCCAACGUAACAAUGGCACCCAACGUAACAAUGGCACCCAACGUAACAAUGGCACCCAACGUAACAAUGGCACCUGUCACAGCUCUCACGGUAAAUAUCUCAAUGGCGGAAUGUAAAAAGUCCCAGCUCUGUGCUGCUAAGCCGCCAGACUGUGAUCCGGCCGUGGCUGGUUCCUGUUUCUUCGUCUCCAUCAAGAAGUCCUUGGGACAGAUUUUCUCCUUCCAGCUACGAGGAGUGUCCAGUGGCUACAUCGCAGUAGGCUUGUCCAAAACUUCCACACAGGGUCAGAAUGACACUACUUAUGUGUGCGCAAACAGCAACAGAAAAGUAAAGUUCUUCACAGCUCUCCUCGACAAAGGAGUUCUGACCGUCAACAACAAGUUGCCUGUGGAGUCUGUGAAGGGCUCAGUCAACGAUCAGAUCAUCCAGUGCACCUUCUCUGCUACUGUCCCCAACGCUACGGCCACCCGGAGCAUCGACACCAGCUACUACCUCUCCAUCUCCAACGGAACUUUUAAUAGUGUAACAGAUACCCUAGGUUCUCCUCAGGCUAUUCUGAACAGUGAUAAAGCUGUGGACCUGGCCGACCCCAACACUACUGUGUUAAACUCUUUAAACUCUGCUCCCUCCGCCUUCUGCCUGUCUCAAGCUCUUCUGAUCCUGAUAGGUGUACUAGGUAUGAUGAUGCUGUAAUGCAGGUCUGAAGGAGAAGCACCAUGCAGUCAGGAAUCCUGUCUCCUUCUCUUUACUCAACUUGGCCAGGCUGCGUCCCUAAAUGACACCCUCUCCUUAAAUAGAGGUCUAUUUUCACUAUGUAGGGAAUAGGGUGCCAUUUUGGAGUCACUCUGGUACCUGCACAAAGGACUAUGUCAGAUCUGAAGUUAUAUGCAUAUAGAUCCAAUCAUGUUUUUCCACAUACUUAAUGAAACCCCUUCUAGUUGAGGGUAGUAAGACAUUAACCAACAGAAUGGACCCAUUGAUACAAUGGUGAUACAAGGCCAAGUACUAACAUAUUGUGUUGAUAGACAAUGGUGAUACAAGGCCAAGUACUAACAUAUUGUGUUGAUAGACAAUAGUGAUACAAGGCCAAGUACUAAAAUAUUGUGUUGAUAGACAAUGGUGAUACAAGGCCAAGUACUAACAUAUUGUGUUGAUAGACAAUGGUGAUACAAGGCCAAGUACUAACAUAUUGUGUUGAUAGACAAUAGUGAUACAAGGCCAAGUACUAACAUAUUGUGUUGAUAGACAAUGGUGAUACAAGGCCAAGUACUAAAAUAUUGUGUUGAUAGACAAUGGUGAUACAAGGCCAAGUACUAACAUAUUGUGUUGAUAGACAAUGGUGAUACAAAGCCAAGUACUAACAUAUUGUGUUGAUAGACAAUGGUGAUACAAGGCCAAGUACUAACAUAUUGUGUUGAUAGACAAUGGUGAUACAAGGCCAAGUACUAACAUAUUGUGUUGAUAGACAAUGGUGAUACAAGGCCAAGUACUAACAUAUUGUGUUGAUAGACAAUGGUGAUACAAAGCCAAGUACUAACAUAUUGUGUUGAUAGACAAUGGUGAUACAAGGCCAAGUACUAACAUAUUGUGUUGAUAGACAAUGGUGAUACAAGGCCAAGCACUAACAUAUUGUGUUGAUAGACAAUGGCUUAAAAAUAUAAAAACAUUCAACCUCAUAUUCAUCAUCUCCAGCAUCAGUCCAACAUCACCACUUACCUUCUAUCUGAAAACAACACAUCCUCCAUAUUCGUAUACCACCAUGUCAUCCCCUUUAUGUAACACAGGUAUUUGUGCAAAUGUUUAUGCUAUUUUAUCUCACGUUAUGAAGGAAGAUUUAUGUUUGUCUGUGUUUCUUGGUGGAUGUUUGUGAGUGUGAGUGUAUGUGUAUAAAUGUUUGUGUUCGCACACUUACCCCCCACUGGGCACAGACGUCAAUUCCACUUUGGUUCAACAUCAUUUCAUUUCAUUGAAAUGACGUGGGAACGUUGAUUCAACCAGUGUGUGCCCAGUGGGCCAUAGAUGAAGUCACAAGGGCUACGUUUAGACAGGCAGACUAUUUCUGAUCUCUUUUUAUCUGAUCUUUUUUCAGAGUUUAUCUGAUUGGGCAAAAGACAAAUGAGUGGAAAAUAACCACAGAAUUGUGCUGCCUGUCUAAAUGCAGCAAAGGUGGCAGAAAUGGGAAUUUGUGGGUUAAUACUGUGUGUAUAUACUGUGUGUGUGUGUGUGAAGGCGUGCAUAAUGAUGAAGCCACUGGAUGGUGAACCUUCCUGAUUACCUUUUUAAAGUAUAUUCAAUCAUGGAAAUAUUUUAUCAGACCAUUUUUAAAAUAAAAACUGUUAUUUACAAUAAA